CAACAGUGAGAAAAUAAACAAAGACAAACUCACAAGGCUCAUUUUAGAAAUGGGGCAGGCGGGCAGAUGAUUUCAAGCUCACUGAAGUGCCUGAGCUGAUGUUCUCUGAGUGAUCAUCAUGGAACCUUAUAAACAAGCGAUGGCUGGUAAACAGAAAAUAAGAAAGGACCUGGAGGAGACACUGGGUAAUUACAUCUCUGACACCUUCAUCUACAUCUACAUACUGAUGGACUUUUCUAGCAAGGUCGACAAAUGGAGCCUCCAGAGGGACGAGGAGGUGGCUGCCAUGAGAGACAUCCAUAUCAGGGACGAAAACAUGGAAGCCAAGUUUGAAGAUAUCAAAAAGUCCAAAGAAAAGGUCAAAGCUGUGAAGGAAUACGUGAAGAAAGGCCUGACUUCCAUGACGGCUGACAGCAAACGCCAGGAGCUGGAGAAGGAGCUGGGCGCUGUCCUGAAGGACACCCUGGAGGGGCUGGAGAAGAUGCAACGCUUCCUGGAAGCGGUGGAGAAACUGGCCGUCACGUCGCUCUUUGUGUUUCCCGACUUUCAUCGCCUGCCAAAUGGCAUGAGCCCAGCAGCUGUCCGUUCAGUCAUCUUUGCAGCCAGGAUGGCCGCUCCUCUCCUGGUCCACUUCAAGAGGGACGACGCUGCUUUCUUCUUCCCAAGCUUGAAUAACGUGGAGGUCCUGGCCUUCCAGCUAGACAAAUACAUAUGCAUCUCACAGCAGCUCUGUGAGCGGAUUGGGAAGAGAUUAAAGAACAUACCCUAUGCAGGAGAUGACUUUAGGAAAUCUAAGGGUGACUUUUCCUACAUUCCCAUGAACAAGACUGCUGUGUCUUUGCAGUCUAUGCUGAAUCAUUUGGACCAGUUAGUCUACAUCAGGAGAAACCAGGACAUCAGGCUGGCGCUGCUGUUCAGGGAAGCUGCGUUGAACUUCAUCGGCCUGUUAAGCAGACGCCGUGACCAGAUGCGUCAGUUCCUGUCCGAGCUGGAGAAGAGCGCAGACCAGCUGGACAGGAUGAAAAAAGGCGCCAGCGUCUCCAGCGUGGCUGGCAGCUCGGUGGGUGUUGCGGGGGGAGCCCUGUCCAUCGCGGGCCUGGCUCUGGCCCCUGUCACCGCGGGCGUGUCCCUCAUCCUCACCAUGACCGGAGUCGGCCUCGGGGUGGCCAGUGGCGUCAACAGCCUGGCCACGGGCAUCACCGGGAUGGUCAUCAACGGCAAGCACGGCAAGCAGGCCAACGCCAUCUUCCAGAGCUUCAUCCAGGACGUGCAACGCAUCCUCGCCUGCAUGGAGCAAGUGGCCAGCCACACGGAGCCUAUCGUGAAGCCAGGCAAAGCGGAGGUGGUGCUGGGGACCGGGCGAGUCGUAGCCAAGGUUGCCGGGCUGGGGAGAAGCAUCGACGCCCUUGUGGACGGGGCCUCUGCCUUGAAGGUCAUAGGCGGCAAGGAGGUGAGCUCCAUCCAGAGCCUGGCAACUGACAUACCGGCUGACAUCGGGCAGGUGGCCAAGGGCACUCCGCUGGCACUCUCCAGCUCGGCCCGCUCAGGGUUCAUGGCCCUCAACUCGCUCUUCAUCGGCCUGGACAUCUUCUUCAUCUGCAAAGACGGCACGAGUCUGGCCAAAGGGAGCAAAAGCAAAGUGGCCCAGCUGAUCCGCUCCAGGGCUGCUCUGUGGCGCUCUGAGUUGGACUCCUGGGAGAAGAUGCACGAGUCUCUGUGCAGAGGGAUCUGGAGAUUCAGAAGGAGUCAGACUAUGCUGCAGCAGCCAUUUUACCCCAAAGUGAUGCGCUGAGGAGAGUAAGUGAAGAUAGACGAGGAAGGGAAAAUGCAUAUUUACAUACAAUGCACACACACAGAAAAUGUAGUGGGUUUUUUUUUGUAUCGGAAUGUAUUUACUGUAACUUACAGGUAUACUGUAUUUUUAAACACACACAUGAACAUACAUAUUAUUAAAUGUACAUACAUAUAAUUAAAUCAUUAUUUUUCUGUCCACUAUCACAGCACAUAGAAAUAGCAAUGUUUAUUUUCACCACUAGAGAGGGCCAUCCACCGUAGGGAGUUUCUGUAAGAGGAGGACACACCUCUGACUGCUCUCAACAUGCUCAGAUUGUUUCUUAUCUGUGUCAGUAGUAAGAAAGAAGAACCAACCGACUAGCCCAUGCUGAGUCAUGUUCCGCAUUUCCCUUCCAGCAAAUGAGAACAACAUUGUGAAUGUCCAUAAAAAAGACUGAAGAAACUUGCUUCACAGAGCACUUUGCACACAGUACGGACAGUGCCAAGCUUGGCGCUCCUAAGACGAGCACUUAUUCUCAGAGGAGCACUUAUUUUUCACUCUCUGCACAUUUGUGUGACAUGUUAGUGAGAGGAACUGAGUCCUUGACCACUAGCUGACUGAUUGGCUGACUGCCAAGACUGAUGGGAAAAUCUACUCCGCUCUUCUUUCGAGUUUUGAAGCUUUAAUCAUUUUACAUUGCAGUAAACAUGCUUAUUAUGUUGAAACAUUUGUUUAGUCAUGACAUAUUUUAAGUGCUUUGUGUUAAAAAUAAAUUGGUUGUGCUACUGGGACUGCAGCUCACUGUUAUGUAAAAUGUUCCUUAAAUGUUUGCUUCUGUCAAGAACUCCACCCUCAUGGCAACCAUUGCCACAUGGCACUCUCUUGCUGUGAAGUUACGACCCACAUCCUGACUUCAUCAUGUCACCUGAGUGGUAAACCUCUAAUAAUGAUUAACCAAACAGACAUACCUGUAUGUGUUCUAAAUAAAGAGUGAGCAGCCAGUACUAUCUGGACCUCUUGGUGACUCUUCUACAUAAGAAAGACAGUGGCAAACGCUAUGCAGAAUUUGAAAGAAUAACUUUAUUUCUUAUUGCCAAUGCAUGGGCUCCAUAAAAUGUAGCCUAUGUGCAUUACAAAUUUCACAUAGAAAGUAGUUUUAAUGUUUUCCUAGCUUAAAUUCGUAAAAGACCUAACAUUUAUUUACAACAAACACGUUUCAUAUGUUGGUAAACAUUACAUCCAUAACGAAUGGUGGACUUGUGCUUUUGUAAUAUUUCAUUUUUUUCUGUAAUUUCUAUUACACUUGUAAUCCCCCCAAACCCCGCAUCUGGUUCGCUUAUACAUGAGAUAGCAAGAGAAAUAGACAAAGACGCGACAUCCGUCAAGUGCAAGUAGUGUUAAGACCACCAAAUAGCUGGAGAUUCACAAAAAUAGCUAUUUGCCUGACAUUUUUCAUUCAACAUCUUAUACCAAGUCCAUGUGGCAUUCUAGAGUAAACAUGCCUAUUAUGCAUUUAGCCAUUAGGACUGAACACAAUGCUCACUGUAGAAAUGUACACGGAAUUUGCUCUAAUACAGAGCAGUUUGAUUCAUUCCUUUUCCAAGAGUGCAGACACACUGAACGAGUACAUGGCUGGAAGAAUGCUUAUAUGUGACCAGACAUUAAGAUGGUGAGAGCAAGAGGUGAGAUCAGAAAAAUAAUCAUAAUCUGUCUGAUGAUUCACCACAUUCAGCUUCAGCAACAUGCCACAGAGCCAUCCAUGUGCUACUGGACAAAAAAAUGAAGGACCACUACAAUUUACAGCUUAUGGUUGAUAUGAAUAGUAAGGGGGGAAAAAAACGUCAGUUGAAAUGUUGUUUGGGAUUUCACUAUUUUGUGAUAUAAAGAUAAAACGAUUAGAAAAGAGCAGCAAUGCAGAUUCAGGACACAUUUCCUUUACAGGUCAUCCUUUUCAAUUACAUAUAGUAUCAUAACGCGACAGCAUUAAGAUAAAUUGCUACCAUGACGCCAGAGUGUUUUCAGCUUGUCAUUUAUAGAGUGCAAUACUGUAAACAGGGCCGCUGACAGCUUUUCCUGGGCCCAGGACAAAGUCAUCUGAACGGGCCACCCAUCCAAUACAUAAUGUAAUGAGGACCUAAUUUUGGGCCCCCUCUCUCCUGGGCCCGGGAAAACAGACUCCUUUGUCCACCCUUGUCAGCUUCCCUGACUGUAGGUACCACAUCUUCCUGUGACAUACUGUAAGUGUAACCCAUGGUGGUAGCAUGGCUGGUCUGGAAAAGUACAAGCAGUUGUAUCAGCUUCAGGUGCUGGCUGUACUUGAAAUGCCUAAGCGACUGAACAAAAUCAUUCUUACUGUAAACCAAUUUACUUCUUCUACUGAGGGUUUGCACCUGAGUCAGGGGCGUAGCUAUAGGAAGGGCAAGCAGGGCACUUGCCCCUGGGCCCAUGGCCCUCCCGUAAUGGUGGUGGAGGCACUAUUGUGAGAUUGGUAAGCUGUAAAGGGGGCCCUGUAAGUGUCUUGCCCUGGGGUCCUGUGUGCAAGUGUUCCGCCACUGACCGGAGUACUAAUAUGGUGCAUGUAAAAAUACUAAAAUGCUAAAAUACAGCAUUUUAGUAUUGUAUAAACUAACCCAAUGUAAA